AUGAAUCCAGUGACAACCCAUACCCCGGCAAUCUCCUCUCUCCGGAGCAACAAGCGAGCAAGAUCUGUUGACCGUGCUUCUUCCAAUGAGCCACAGCGCAAGGAGCCAAAGGCCGACAUUACCUGCAGCCCCUUGACUGCGGUACCUUCUAUUCUGGCCGAAUGUCCUUUUACAGGUGCCUUCUUCGCCGACAUGGCAAUGGUUAUCCAGGAGACCUUCCCCAUCGGCAACUUCGCAAAGAUAUACCACUGCGCCACCAGGGACGUCCUCGAUGCCCUCAGUGCAGUAGUCCUGAAACCCCUCUGCACAUCUUCAAAUGGGUUAUCCAUCUCCGACCAUGCCCAGAUUCUGAUCGCAGACUGGCGAGAAGAUGCCACAAAAGCCGCCAGCGAGGUCAUCACGAUCUCAGACAGCUCUCCAGAGACACACCAACCUCGCUCCUCGCCAGCACCCGAGUCACCAGAAUCUGCACUACUCUCAGAUACUCACCCACCGUCAAUCUUCACCUCGCCGACAAGGCAGCCAAGCUCAUCUCCAAGCAGACCGAGUAUCUGCAAUUCUUCUUCGGAGUCUGCUGGGAAGGGACCUUCAAAUUCCAAAACCUCCCUUUCACCACUCGCCAAGCCCAUUGCUAGCCGCAGCCCGAUGCCUCCGAAGAAGAAGCGCAAGUACUUGGCGAACCUAACAAGCACGCGAGUAGAAGUUCGCCGGGACUUUUCGGGUUUACUCAUCCCCGUUGCGAACUGGAUUGAGGGAUACCAUGUCCCCAAGCUUGUUGGGCCUGUGCAGCCGGGGCAGGUGGAUGCAAUGACGGAUGAGGAAUUUGAGAGGCGGAUGCAGAUGGGUUGGUUUAGGGAGGUUUCGAAGGAGGAGGGGAGUGAUCAGGUAGCAUGUGCGAAACCUGGGGUGAGGCGGUGCAGAGGGAAAAGUGAUGCCCAAUGUGCGAGUGGGAUGGGACUCUGUUCGGUCAUUUCUUGA